AUGGUGAUCUACCGACAGACUGCUCACCUCUGUAUUUUGUGGCUUAUUUACCUCUCUUCGCAAAGCCAGAGCUCUCCUCUGCCGAAGGUCGAAGUGAACCAAGUACCAGAGACUAUGCGGUUGAAUACUGAAAACACCGCUACGAGUCCGUUGCGAGAACAAUUCAAGAAUCCUGCUGAAAUCCUUGGCAUUCUACUUCUUAUUGGUGGCGACACUAUUCGAAAGGCAAUCGCACAGCUUGCAGGACCAAAUGUAGCACCCGUCGCCUUCAGUUUUGGGUGGGUUGCUUAUUCUUUCGGAGCUUUGUUGUCCGUAUGGGGCGACGGCCGUCUGCUCCCCGAACCAGAUGUUCACUCCAUGGUCAUCAAUCACAAGAGCGGUAACACAAAGCAAAACGAGUCUUGGGUCCUUGGCAGAUUGAUACGGGAUCUAGAAAUGCAUUUCAGUACCCAGAAGAGCAAGACCAAAGAAUUUGGUGGCAAAAGUUUCCAUAUUAUCAAAUUGGAGGCCAUGGAUGUUUGGAAGAAAAAACAUCACUGGAGUGGAAAGGAUCGUCCAGACCCGCCAGCCCACGACUUGAUUUGGUGGUCCUUCUUUGGCUGUGUCGUGCUGCAACUUGGACUCGCAGUUGCGCCCAUUUUCAUAGACCACUCCGGCAACUGGAGAAUUCUCCUUGUUACAGGAGCGGGAACUAUGCUGGCCAUCAUUCACGGGUCUCUGCCCCAGUGUAAGGAGGAAAAAUAUGAAUGUGAAAUGACGGAAAAGGGAAAGGAUGCAACAUUUAUUCUCACCAGAGGCAAUAGCCAUCAGUAUGUGUUUGUGAUUCACAGUCCUCCUGAGAAUCGCACCUUGAACAUGGAACAUCUUGCCGUCAGUCGCAGGAUUGGGGGUAAGAAUGUUAUGAAGUACAUCACGGCCGUUCUGGCCGCAUGCUGGAUCGUGCUCUUGAUAGCCAUUGGAGGCCUAGAGCAGGACACGUGGUUCCUUCUCAUGGUUGGCGGCAUCGGAAUGUUCCAUAAUUUGUGGGUUGCAGGGCACGCAAGGACCACUUCCGCUCAUGGCAUCCCUCUUGACAUUGAGAACGCAAAACCUUUAACCGAUCCAGACAAGAGCGUUAUGGAAGGACUAAUGGCAGCAGAGAAGAUUGAGCCAGGAGUUGGUCUAGCACUGCUAAAGGUCUAUUUUCCUGGCCGGUUAAGGCCAGAUGAAGAUAAGUGGUGGGCAAAGAAGACAAAACGUUUCGUAAAGCGCAUAGAAAACGAGAGGAAAAAGAAGGGGAAGAAGCCAAAGUCAGAGGAAGAGGAGGAGUCAGAGGGAUCGGAGGAGGAGUCGGAGGGUGCAGACAUCUGGCUUUAG